AAAAAAUGGCGCCGACGUAAGCCCGACUCUGCAUCGCCGAGGAAGUCGCCACCUGAGCCGGAGCUACUCGGGUCUUGGGCAAAAGAGGCUGAACUGAGAGGAAGAUGGUGAGCGUGACGCCCCGAAUGCGGCGGAGCAGAGGAACCAUCUAAGCCCAGCCCAGACAUCCUGGUCCCUGCAGAGCCCAGUUCCAAUGAUCCCGACAAGAAGAUGGUGUCUCUAGAUGUGGCAGCUACAGCCACCUUCUCCAUGGAGGAGGAGCCAGGCCCCGACAAAGCAGCUACACCCCUAGUGUGGGACCGUGGAGAGCAUCCCCAGAAGAGCACCUCCCCAGCCCCAGACAGCUGCCAUCCUGGCCCUAGACCCAGCCCUGAUCCGACCAAUAUAGUCUUGGGGACUAGUGAAGACCUGCAGUUGCCCAGACGACGCCCACCACCAGGGAAGCAAAUACCUUGCUCUAGCCCUGGCUGUUGUCUCAGUUUUCCCAGCAUUCGAGACCUGGCACAGCAUCUUCGUACACACUGCCCGCCCACACAGUCACUGGAAGGCAAACUCUUCCGCUGCUCGGCCCUGAGCUGCACCGAGAGUUUCCCCAGCAUGCAGGAGCUGGUGGCACAUGGCAAGCUGCAUUACAAGCCCAACCGCUACUUCAAGUGUGAGAAUUGCCUCCUGCGUUUCCGCACUCACCGCUCCCUCUUCAAGCAUCUGCACGUUUGUGCAGAGCAUGCUCAGAGUCCAGGCCCACCACCACCCUCUGCCCUGGACAAAGAACCACCUGCAUCAGAGCGCCCCUCGGAGUCCGACAUCUUCCCACUGUUGGAACCCUUCACCUCUACACCCACUGGGCCCUUUCUUCCCUUCAUAAACCCUGCACCCUUUGGCCUAACCCCCCCACGCCUACGCCCUAUACUGGCUCUCACUCCAGGGCCACCUUCUUCCUCCAGUGCAGCAGUCUGGAAAAAAAGCCAAGGUGCUGGUGGCAGCCCUCGAAGAUCACAGGGCAGCUCAGAUGCGCCCUCAGGGUAUGCAGCCCAGAGCCGCAUCGUGUGGGAGCACACGCGCGGCCGCUACUCGUGCAUGCAGUGCCCCUUCUCCACUGCCUCACGGCCGGACAUGACAUUGCACCUGCAAGACCACCGACCCAGCGCCCCCACAUCCCAGGCUCUCCAGCAGCCUUACCCACAUUCCAACAUCCGAGUGGGUAAGGCUGAGGAAUGCUGGGGCAGGGAGCCAGAGGUGAGAGGUGACAUGGUGUCCCCUCUGCUUCACCCAGACCUGACCCUGCUUAUACCUAAGGUGUCCUCGAAGCUGCUGUCAGAGGGAGAGAGAGAGCUUCCUGUUUUCUCACACCUUUGAAUCUGCUGCAUUGGGCUGGUGGUGGGGCAUGGGGAUUUUUGUAAUUUGAGGUAGGGUGGGGUAUAAUAAAGGAGGCACGAUGAGCCA